UCCAGCUAAAGCUCUCCGGGGAGUAUCAAACUACCACGUCUGCAGCGGUGAGAGAGGGGAAGAGGAGAGGGGAUCAAAAUAAGCCGACUGAAGGACAGAGAAGAGAGGACAGCAAGAUUAAGACUGCUUCAUUAAAACAAAGUCGGCUGCAACAACUGGAGCAAAGCGCAAGCAGAAUUUGGACAUAAAAUAGGCACAGCCUGCAGCUCCAGAGCCCCCCCGCCCCUUCAAACUUCCUGCUUACAGUUACGUCUGAUAAUUUGGUCAUAACUCACCAAAACACGAGAAGAAUGCACAGACUGGACAAAUACCUCUCGUGGUUAAGGUAACUCAAGUAAAUUCGAAGAGACGCAAACUGGGAGCUCUUUUUGUGCUUUGCGAGUCGAUCCCGUUUGCCCCGUUUUCGUUUAUGGGAUACGUUUUUUCACAAUGUUUUGACAAAUAGUGAAGAUUGCGCAAACUGUCACAGAAAGAUCGGUCCGAUUUUGUAUUGUAUUUUGGAGAGACUCGUGAUGGCACCAGAGCUCAAAUCGCUUGUCCGACUGCUGUUGCUGGCGGUGGUGUGGGAGCUGAGCGCACAGGGAGCGACGGUCAAUCCAGAGUCAUGGCUGCAGCAGUAUGGUUACCUGCCACCGGGGGAUAUGAGGACUCACGCGCUCCGCUCCCCUCACUCCGUCUCCUCCGCCGUCGCCGCUAUGCAGAGGUUCUACGGCCUCACCGUCACUGGCAACUUUGACACCAACACGAUUGAGGCCAUGAAGCGACCACGGUGUGGCGUACCAGAUAAGUUUGGUUCCGAAAUGAAGAGCAACCUGAGGAGGAAGCGAUACGCCACCCAGGGUUUGAAGUGGAACAAGAAUGAAAUCACUUUCUCUAUACAGAACUACACCCCUAAGGUGGGUGAGUAUGAGACCCACGAGGCCAUCAGGAAGGCCUUCAAGGUGUGGGAGAGCGUCAGCCCGCUUCGUUUCCGGGAAAUUCCCUACAGCUACAUACGGGACAAAGUGGAGGAGUUUGCUGACAUAAUGCUCUUCUUCGCGGAGGGUUUCCAUGGUGACAGCAGCCCGUUUGAUGGCGAGGGGGGCUUCCUGGCACAUGCCUAUUUCCCUGGUAAUGGCAUCGGUGGGGACACCCACUUUGAUGCAGCUGAGCCAUGGACUAUCGGAAAUAAGGAUCUUACAGGUAAUGAUAUUUUCCUGGUUGCGGUCCAUGAACUGGGCCAUGCUCUGGGUCUGGAGCACUCCACUGACCCUUCAGCCAUCAUGGCACCCUUCUACCAAUGGAUGGACACUGAGAACUUCGUACUCCCUGACGAUGAUCGCAGAGGCGUACAACAACUUUAUGGGUCUGGAUCAGGUCCCCAUGUAACACCCCGCAUUCCGAACCACAACCCUGAGCCCACAUAUUCACCAGAAAAGCCUCGCUUUGGCCCCAACAUCUGUGACGGACACUUCGACACCAUCGCCAUCCUCAGAGGAGAGAUGUUUGUGUUCAAGGAAAAAUGGUUCUGGAGGGUACGCAACAACCAUGUUUUAGAUGGAUAUCCCAUGCCGAUUGGUCACUUUUGGAGGGGCUUGCCCACUCAUAUCUCUUCCGCUUUUGAAAGGGAAGAUGGGAAAUUUGUUUUCUUUAAAGGUGACAGGUAUUGGGUGUUCACUGAAUCAAUUCUGGAUCAUGAUUUCCCUAAGAGUCUAAAGGAAAUGGGCACUGGGCUUCCCAAAGAUCGACUGGACGCUGCUCUCUUCUACACUCCCACUGGACAGACAUUCUACUUCAGAGCAAACAAAUAUUACCGUUUCAAUGAAGAUACACAAAGCGUUGAUGAUGGCUAUCCCAAAUCUAUUAGUACAUGGCAAGGGGUGCCUGACAACAUCAAGGCAGCCUUCAUGAGCAAAGACCAAGCGCACACCUACUUCUACAAAGCCAACAAGUACUGGAAGUUCAACAACCAGAUGAUGCGUGUGGAGCCGGGUUACCCCAAAUCAGCUCUUCGUGACUGGAUGGGCUGCCCUAACGAAGACCCCAAGACGGACGGAGGGAGAGGUGGACACGACAAGGACAAGGAGAGGGAGAAGGACAAGGAGCGGGAGGAUAAGGACAGAACUAGAGAUAGAGAGAGGGAAAGAGAGAGGGAGAAGGAGCCAGAGAAGGAUACGGAGGUGAUCAUUAUUGAAGUGGAAGAGGAGGAAGGUGUAGGUGGUGGCACUGGAGCAGCGGUGGUGGUGUUGCCACUGUUCCUGUUAGCGUGUGUGAUUGUGACGCUGGCCGCCUUGGUGUUUUUCCGUCAGUACGGUACCCCGCGCCGACUCCUUUACUGCAAACGAUCUCUACUGGACAAGGUGUAGACGGAGGAAGAAGGGAGGGAGGGAGGAGGGAAAGACAGGGAGAUAAAGAGAAAAAAGUGGAAGGAAAUGUUGAACAGAAAUAAUGAGAGCAGAAGCGAUACAACUGGUGAAAUAGCAGAAGGAAAAGCACCAGAUUUGCAUUUUUAAAUAUUCGUACCACUGCCAGAUUCCUUUUGCUCUAUCUCUCAACCACUCCAUUCUUCCACUUUUUUUUUCUCUCCCUUCUUACUCUGCCUCCCUCCUCGUGGUAACUGACGCCAGCUCAUUGCUGUUUGUUUUAGCCUUUUUCAAAGUCUUAUUUUUAUUUUUUGUCAGUGGUCAGUGUUUGUGUCCUUGUGAAUUUCCACUUUAAACCUGCAUAUCCAUGACGCCCAUUCUAGCAUGUCCCUUUGAGUAAUUAGAGAGCGGGUUUGAUCGUUCGUCCCCCUUGUUAACUUGCACACACUCGCAUAAGCACACACAUUUGAAAAACCACAGUGGCAUAUUCAUUAUGUUUCUUCCAGUAAAGUAACAUGUCCGAGCCAGUGUGGAGCAUGAAAGGGAAACCAAACAUUAUCUGAAGUCCUUAUAAAGCAUGAGCUACACUCAUAUCGGAGUAAAGCAGUAAAUAUGACUGUGUAUUUUCCUUUUUUAUAUCAAUGUCUUUAGUGCAGAGUAUUAUUAUAAAUGAUGUUUUCAUUAUUAUUAUGACUAAUACUAUUAUUGUUGUUGUCCUACGUGUAAAGAAUGUUUUUGUACAUUGUCAUUAAAAAGUCCUGCUGGACAGUGACAUACA